CAGUUGCGUUGGUAAACAAGUCACAUGGCCAAACGAACAUACGGAUUGAGAUCACUGUUCUAUCUUUUAAGUGGGAACGUAUUUCGCAGUUUCCAACAACUUCAGAAAAUACCCACUGCCACAAAUAAGAACAGAGUCGUGAGUUCUGAACAACAUAUCAACAAUACGUCUUCAAAACUUACACGUUUGGUCAAAUAUAGUCGUCACCUGUGGCCUGUGAGGCAGUGGACCAAGUCAUUCAGCGAUUCUGAAACUAUGAGUCAAAUAGCAGCUGCCAUGGAUCCGCCGGAAUCUGUACGGGGAAUGACUGAACUGGACAGAAACAUUUUCAAAAAUAGAAUUAAAGUUCCAAGCCUAAAGAUUCCAGCCCGCAAGGUUGGCAUUCUUAAAAAGACGACUAAGUUGUCGAUGUUGAAGGUGCGGUUGAUGAAGCCAAUAGCGGAAUUGUCGGAUGGUGAUCCUAACAAGAACACUCACAAACUUAUUUUACUUGAUCCAGAAAAAUAUACAUCAUACCAGGAUCUUGACCAAUCUGACCAACAUAUACUGCAAGAAAAUGACAUACAAAGUAAUGACUUUGAUAUGUACGAUGUUGAGAUGACGUAUGAGAACUGGAACGUACAGGACAUCCUCCGGGCUGUCAUCCCAGCCAGUACUGACAGUGUCACCAGCUUCAGCAUAAUCGGCCAUAUAGCUCAUCUCAACCUGAAACCUGAAGUCUACCCCUACAAGAAACUUAUCGGGCAGGUAAUCUGUGACAAGCUCCCUAAUAUCUGUACUGUGGUUAACAAGCUUGAUGUGAUUGACAACACUUUCCGCAACUUCAAGAUGGAACUUCUGGCAGGAGAAGACAACUACGUCACACAAGUUCGAGAAAACGGCUGCAUAUACGAGUUUGACUUCUCUAAGGUUUAUUGGAACCCAAGACUCUCUACAGAACAUGGAACAAUGAUCAAGCAGCUCCAGCAAGGUGACAUUGUGUAUGACAUGUUUGCUGGUGUUGGGCCCUUUGCCAUCCCAGCUGCAAGGCGAGGCAUCUUUGUCAAGGCCAAUGAUCUGAACCCAAACUCCUAUAGUUCUUUACAGAGAAACAUUUCUCUAAAUAAAAUUAGACCAGAUGUGUUGACAGCUUAUAAUCUUGAUGGACGGGCAUUUGUUCGAACAGUAGUGAAGUCGGAUUUGAUCAAGAGGAUGAAGUCUGAUUCGCAGAACAGCACCAUGCAUAUAUUGAUGAACCUGCCAGCAGCAGCUAUAGAGUUCCUGGACUGCUUUGUGUCUCUUUUAGUGGAUUGUGAUGUAGGAAUGGAGGGUAUUGAUGAUGCAAGUUUACCUGUGGUACACUGCUACUGUUUCAGUAAAAGUGACGAUCCAAACAAAGAUGUUGUUGAACAAGGGGAGAGAAUUAUUGAUAAAUCUUUAACAGAUGUCAGUGUCAGGUUUGUUCGAAAUGUUGCCCCCAACAAGGAUAUGAUGUGCUUAACAUUUCGCCUGACAAAAGACAUUUUAUUUCAAGAAUUACAGAAAGCUGAUGUAAAUCUAAAAGAAUGUGGUGAACCAGAUGCAAAGAGAGCAAAGGCUACCUGAUGGACAUGGCAAAAUCUUCUGUCAAGAUAUGAUAGUUUCAGUUACUUGGAGUAAAGAGAAUGUAUGAGAAUUUGAAUGAGAAUACAAAAA